AAAUUAUCUGGGAUGCAUCAAGUGAGAUGCACCAGAGCCGGUGGUCUAGGAAGUUUCAAACCUUCGAUUUCAAUUCUGUAAACUCCACAAUGCCAUGGGAUGCUGGGGACUUCUCGGCUUUAAGUUCCCUAAGGGCGAGGGCGCGGUCCCUCCGCUCCAACAGCUGCUGCGAAGGCGUUUUUAAGCGGGACGCCUCGCCGGGCGGUGUCGCGGUGCCGGGGUGUGAUUCUCUCCGCCCGCGGGCUGCGCGGGGCUGGCCGGGCGAGCUGUGGGUGUGUGUGCCCGGCGGAAGCAGUCGCUCCACGUCCGGGUUAGGCGCGGCCGGCGGGGCGAUGCCGCUGGUGGUGCUGUGCGGGCGGCCCGGCAGCGGCAAGAGCCGGCGGGCGGCCGAGCUGCGGGAGGCGCUGGGCGGCCCGGAGCGGGCGGCGCACGUCGUGGCCGAGGCGGAGGGCGGCCGGGCGGCGCUGCGGGCCGAGGUGGAGCGGCGGCUGAGCCGGCGGGACGUGGUGAUCGUGGACGCGGGCAACGAGCUGCGGAGCAUCCGCUACGAGCUGUACUGCGCGGCGCGGCAGGCGGGCACGCCGCGCUGCCUCCUGCACUGCGCCGGCGGCGCGGGCGGCCCCGACGAGCCGCCCUUCGAGGAGCCCGACCCGAGCUGCCGCUGGGACCGGCCGCUGUUCACGGUGCGCGGCGAGGAGCCGCUGCCGCUGGGCGACAUCCGCGCCGCGCUGUUCGAGAGCGCCCCGCCGCCGCCGCACCGCGCCACCCGCACGCAGCCGCUGCAGUCCUGCGGCUUCCUGCACCAGCUGGACCGCGUCACCCAGGACGUGCUGGCCGCCGUGCUGGCCGCGCAGAGGAGCGGGGCGCAGCCCGGAGAGACCAUCCGCGUCCCCGGCGUGGCCGAGGGGCUGGUGCUGAGCCGGCCCGUCAGCGUGGCCGAGCUGAGCCGGCUGCGGAGGCAGUUCAUCAGCUACACCAAGAUGCAGCCCAGCGAUGAAAACCUGCCCCAGCUGGCCAGCAUGUUCCUGCAAUACCUGAGCCGCAGCAUCCAGUGAAGUGUCACCUGUGCCACCCAGCAGUGGCGGUGGUCUGGCUCCCAAGUACUCGCAGCGGGAUGAAUGUGCCUUGAGGCACAGACCUGCGGAGCCCGGGGAUGCUCGGAUCGCUGGGCAGCAGCAGCAGCAGCAGCAGCUCUGGGAAGGUGGAUACCGUGUCCCUGCAGCAGCCGAGCCAGCUGCAUCGCUGGGGAGACCUCCAGGAAAGCAGUUCCUCAGCACUGCCUGCUCCCCACUGGCCUCUUGCAAAAAGGAGAGCUACUGGUGCGUCCCCAAGCGAUGAAAUCUCCUGUGGAGAUGGAAACCCUGCUAAUCAAAUAGUGUGAUGUGAAAGUGCAAAAGGUGAUGACUGUAGGGAAGGCUUUUCUUCCACAUUGGCAUGUGUGUGCUGGAAUAAGAAGAUUGUUUUUUUAGAGCUGCCACCAGAUAAGGUUGAACUGCAGAAGAGACUUCAGGUCUAAUAAUAAAAUGUGUGCCUUAAAUGGAGUAAAGUCUUAAUUUACCUGCAGGACUAUUUUACUGAAAAAAAAUGGCCAGGUCUUUUGUUUUCAAGGUCAUUAUACACCCUUAAAACCAUCACUUUACACCCUUAAAAACACAAAUUGCUUAAGAAUGAGUGCUGUCAUAGGAAAAAGGAGAUAAAAUGACAGAAAUAAAUGUAUUUAUUUCUGUUCUGUGUGAAACUCAUGAGUCUGUAUUGGCUGUGAUGGGUAGCUAAGUUUCCAAUAAUUUUGGGUACAGCUUAUAUAAACUUCUCACUUUCUGGUGGAUGCUUCAUUCUUCAUUCUAAUAAAUGGUGGCUUUUUGUUUU